UCCAACUUCAAUACCCCAACUCAAUUAAACUUGUUGCAACUUGUGUUCUAGUGCUCUUACUAGUCACUUUAACAAAGAAAGUAGCACUAUUUGUUUCUUUCAACUUCCUCAAAUUCAGGGUACUUAUUUCAGCCUUUAUUCCUUUCAUAAAAAACCAAUCGGUAUCUCAAGUUUCUUAAAUUUUUAGUAGAAUUAUCCUCUUUCUUAUUUUAGUCUCAAGUAGUAGAGAAACUAUUCAAAAUGAGGCACUCUUUUAUUUUAUCACUAUCAUUCUCUAUAUAUUUUCUAACUUUAUUUCUUUCAAUAGAAGCUAGACACCAUUUCCAUACAAAACACAAACACUACUCACAUUUUCAUAAUAAUUCAUCUGAAUUUUCACUUCCUCCUUCUUCACUACCUUCACCUUCUAGUUCUAGUGUUCCUGAAGAAGCUCCUAGCCCUGCCCCUGCCAGUGACCACGAGAGUUACAAAAAUGCAUCCGGCUUAUUCGAUGUUCGAACAUUCGGCGCAAUUGGAGAUGGAAUAACUGAUGAUACAGAAUCAAUCAAAAUGGCAUGGGACACUGCUUGUCAAAGUGAAUUAGCACUUAAUGUUAUCUUUGUUCCUCAUGGUUUUUCCUUCAUUGUUCAAUCUACUAUCUUUACAGGUCCUUGUAAAGGUGGCUUAGUAUUAAAGGUUGAUGGCACUCUUAUGACACCUGAUGGACCUGAAUCAUGGCCAAAAAACAACAGUAGGCGUCAAUGGUUAGUUUUUUAUAGAGUCAAUGGAAUGUCACUUGAAGGAAGUGGUUCAAUUGAUGGCAGAGGACAAAAAUGGUGGGACCUUCCUUGUAAGCCUCAUAAGGGACCUAAUGGAACAACAUUACCAGGACCAUGUGACAGCCCAAUUGCCAUAAGGUUUUUCAUGAGUUCAAACUUGAGUGUACAAGGACUUAGGAUAAAAAACAGUCCACAAUUCCAUUUCAGAUUUGAUGGCUGCCAAAGUGUACAUGUUGAAUCAAUCUUCAUAACAGCUCCAGCAUUAAGCCCCAACACUGAUGGAAUACACAUUGAAAAUACCAAUGAUGUGAAAAUAUAUAAUUCUAUCAUUUCCAAUGGUGAUGACUGCGUAUCCAUUGGGUCUGGUUGCUAUGAUGUUGAUAUAAAAAACAUCACAUGUGGACCAGGUCAUGGGAUUAGCAUUGGUAGUUUGGGAAACCACAACUCUAGAGCAUGUGUAUCAAACAUUACAGUGAGGGAUUCAGUUAUAAAAGUAUCAGAUAAUGGUGUUAGAAUUAAGACAUGGCAAGGUGGAUCAGGAUCAGUAUCAGGAGUAACAUUCAGUAAUAUUCACAUGGACAAUGUAAAAAAUCCAAUUAUAAUUGACCAAUUUUACUGCCUCAGUAAAGAAUGCAGCAACAAAACCUCUGCAGUUUUUGUAUCAGAUAUAGUUUACACAAAUAUAAAGGGAACUUAUGAUAUAAGACACCCUCCUAUGCAUUUUGCAUGCAGUGACUCUGUCCCUUGCACAAACUUGACUCUCUCAGAUAUUGAGCUUCUUCCUUCUCAAGGAGAUAUAGUGAAUGAUCCUUUUUGUUGGAAUGCUUAUGGAAAUUCAGAGGCACUAACCAUUCCUCCAGUUUUUUGCUUGCUUGAUGGAAUUCCUCAGUCUAUUUCAGACAAUGACAUUGAUCAUUGCUGACCCUUUAAAUUAUGUUAAGUAAAAAUGUGUUUGUGUAUAUAAUUACAAAAGAAGUAAUUAAGGAAUAUGUAUGUUAUAUAUAGUAUGGUCAUGAGUAUUUGGGUGUCAUUGUUGAGGAGUUGUGUUUUAGAUGCUCCUUCAUAAUUGUUAACUAUGUUUUGUAUAUUUUCAAUUUGAAAUAGAAGUUUGGACUUGUUAGCUUGAA